UCUAGAAGUAACGCGCAUGUCUAGCGCACUGGAUUGUGGGUUCAAGUAAGGAAGUAAAAUGGCGGAUCUUGCAAACGAAGAGAAACCUGCCGUAGUGCCCCCAGUAUUUGUGUUCCAAAAGGACAAAGCCCAAAAGAGAUCGGCUGGGGGGUCCAGUGCUGAAGAUGGAGAAGAUUCAGACAAAGAUGACGAUGACUACUGUCCUGCUGCAAAAAGAGAGCGAACAUCGUCUUUAACACAGUUCCCACCCUCACAUUCAGUGUCAAAGAAUAAUGUCUUCAUGCCCUCCAGUUUCUGUCAGUCUCCGACAGGAAACUCUGACUCUGAGCCUGAGGAGAAGACUGUUGGAUUCCGGCUGAAACCGCCAACACUGAUCCACGGACAGGCUCCAAGCGCAGGUGUGCCCAGCCAGAAGCCCAAGGAGCAACAGCGUAGCGUGCUACGCCCAGCGCUACUUCAGGCCCCGCCACCCAAGUCCUUCUCCCAGUCCAAUUCCAGCAGCGGGACGAAUGGUGUGAACAAGUCAUCGGACGGCUCCGCGGAGGAGCAGCCCGGCGCGCUCAACAGCACCGACGGCGUCGCUGAGGAGGCCGGCAGCUCGCCGGGGAAGGCUGAUCCGGAGGCCAGGUCGGGCAGCACGGGGGAGGAGGAGAAGGAGCAGGCGAACAGUCCCGCUGCGUCCUCCUUCGUGUUCGGCCAGAAUAUCAAAGACAGAGCAAAGGUGGAAGAAAACAGUCCCCCUUUGGAAGCGAAAGAGGGCGGCUCUCCGUCGUCCAAGCCCCAGUCAGGAGAAACAAAUUAUUUCCUCCAGUACAUCAGCACCCCCAGUGCGCCGAAACCACCAAACAAUGUGGAAACUGGGGCGAAGUUCGUCUUUGGGCAGAAUAUGUCUGACCGUGUCCUGAGUCCUCCAAAGUGCAGCGACUCUCCAGUAGAGGGCAGCAAGGAGACCCCAGAUGUCCCAGCCCCCGAGCCUCCUUCACAGGACACUACUACCGAGAAGGUAGCUAACAACGUAGCCGAGUCUCUGGAGGAGUCGGCAGCAGCCUACACUAAAGCCACGGCCAAGCGGUGCCUACUGGAGAAAGUGGAGGUGAUUACUGGAGAGGAGUCGGAGAGUAACGUUUUACAGAUACAGUGCAAAUUAUUUGUGUUCGACAAGACGUCCCAGUCCUGGGUAGAGAGGGGUCGAGGACUGCUGAGACUGAACGACAUGGCAUCCACUGACGACGGGACAUUGCAGUCGAGAUUAGUAAUGCGGACCCAGGGCAGCCUACGCUUGAUUCUCAACACCAAGCUGUGGGCCCAGAUGCAGAUCGAGAAGGCCAGCGAGAAGAGCAUCCGCAUCACCGCCAUGGACACCGAGGACCAGGGGGUCAAGGUCUUCCUCAUAUCGGCCAGCUCGAAGGACACGGGGCAGCUGUCCGCCGCCCUGCACCACCGCAUCCUGGCUCUCCGCAGCCGAGCCGACCAGGAGACCGAGCCCAAGCCCUCCAUCCCCGACAUCCCGGUGCCCCAGUCCAACGAGGAGGACAGCGACGAGGACGACGUCAUCACUCCGUCCUCCGGGACCGCCCCCGCCAGCGGUGCGCCCGACAGCGGAGAGCCCCAGGUAGCGGGGAGCACAUAACGCCCCCUGUGGCCCUCCUGCAGGACGGGGCUGCCGGCCUGCCUGGCGCCCCCUGACCGGGGCGUCUCGGGGGGGACGAGCAGCUCCCGACAAGACCCGGCGCAGGAGCCCGUGAGGAGUCUGCAGCUCAUUUCCUCUGCGUUCAAAGUAAACCCGAGGUGGUUAUUAUUUUUUAUUUGACCUUUUUUGUGUUCAGUUUUUUUUGUUUUUCAUUUUUAAAACUGCGAAACGCAGCGACUUCUUUCCCGCUUCGGAUUGGGACUUGGAUGCUCAUCAUAUUGAUGAGCGCGGGGGUGUGUGGAAGAUUAAAAAAAUAAAAAAUAAAAAUAAAAAAAGUGAAAAGGAACGUUUUUUUUUUUUUUUUUUUUUUUUCUCCUCUGGUUUGAGAUGUGGCACAUUUUAAGACUACAGUUAAACGUACGGGACCUUGGAGAACACGUCUCUGGAUCCGGCCACGCUCUCCAUUAACAUUUUCAUCUGGAAAACGCUCCUUUGUAAACUUCUUUUCUUCGUCACGUAGCCCAGUAAUUAUUCAGUGAACAGUGUCCGGAAUACAUUUGUUGGUUUCAUCAUUUUUCAAUAGGCGAGACGGUGCACACUUUAGCCUAGAUUUCACACAUAGCCGAGCCCCCUCUCUAAAUGGACAGAUCCCUAUUGAUUUUUCUCUUCACUAAAUAAUUCAAGAGGCAGUACUUGUCAAGACUGAAGCACGCAUUCUGUGGUGGGCCUAUGCACAGAGGAUUCAUAUGAAAUCAUAUAGAUUAUACAGUACAUGACUAUCUGAAUGGAAAGGCUCAUGUGUCCAGCAACUGAGCAGAUUAUUAUUUUUAUUAUUAUUAUUAUUAUUAUUAUUAUUAUUAUUAUUAUUAUUAUGUUUAAAGAAGUGAAUUGUAGCGGGUUAAUAGUCAUGCUAUAAUUAAUGCUUUAAUUUUCAGUACCUUUUAAGGGUAUAUUUUGUGUUUCGUUUGUGUGUUUUUUUUAUUAUUAAUGGCUGAUGCCAUACUGUAUCAUUUGUCUUUCAUUAAUAAUCAUACAACUUGGAUUUUUUUUUUUUUUUUUUUUUUUUCAAGGAACCGUAUAGUUUUCUUGAAAUCCUUUUUCCUGUACUUCCAGAAAUGUCAUAUAAAUCUUCUCUGAAUAUAUUCCAAUUUACCACAGAAUACAUAUUUUUGGGUUUUUUUACAUUUUCUCCCUAAAAUAAAUCUUCAAAUCGAGAGAUAAACAGAUUUUGAUUACAUUAAGAAUGGUUUUUGUUUGAAAUUGCCAUUUUAUAAAUAUGUCCAUAUAUAUAUA